UCGGGAAUACACCAGGUUAGGGCAACUAAAGUGUUGCGUUGCUAUAUAACACAUUGUAAAACAGGAAGAUGGCGACCACAAAUGACGAUUUGACUUGGGGUGACGAUGUUCUAACACUGGAAGAGGUUAUUUCGUCUCGCACCUUUCCAAUCAUAGUCAGAGUGGAAGGCGGAAGCUAUGGUAAACAGGAGUCCGAAUCUAUCUCACGGGGGGAUAUCUUUAAGCUGGACUCCGUUGACGGGAACCAAAUCAUUGGCUACUGCUAUAAAGGUGUCCUUCACAAAUGUGAAAUUGAAAGCGAAGAUGACAAUAUUCCAUGCAAGCAGAUAUUGUUCAACAACGACACAGCCAAAAAUAUCGACGUCAUUGUAUGUCUGACAAAAUGUGACGAAGUCAACAUGCCAUUUGCGUCGAACAGCGUCCCACCGAAGCCGUCACCAUCUCGCGCUUACGUUGAUUUUUCACUGCCAGUACCUGCUAACCGCACCUCACUAGAAGCCAAAUCAACGCCUCCUCCCGUUCCAUUGAGAGGGAAACCCAAAACCAAGCCAGCAGACGAAGAGAGGAAACCGAUGCCUCCUCCUCGUAAGCCGUCUACAUCCAGUUUAUCAGAACAUAGCAUAACGGACAUGCAGGGACCCAAACCACCAGGUAGAACAGAGAAAAACGAGAUAUCUUCGACACUUGAAGAAGAAUGCCCUUAUGAUGCGUACGAAAUAGCAGAUGAAGAAACUGAAAAUAUAUAUGACGAAGCUGAAGACAUAGAACUACCUACAGCUGCAAGCCCAGAUUAUUCACUUAAACACAAGGCCAUAGAAUUCUUCUCCAACUUUAAAAUGAAAAACAGGAUGCAGAAACUCAAGUCAAAAUUAGCAAACGCAAUGAAGAAGGAGAAAACUGUGACAGAAGACGAUGAUAAUGACGAGGAAGACGAUGAAGACUAUGUUUAUCCAGAAUGGAAACCAACAAAAAAGUUGAAUGAGAAGCAGAAUCACAAAGAAACCGCUAAUCGAUAUGACAUGCUAGAGAAACGACUAGCACUUGAAAAGCCGCCGAAUAACGCAUACACUCCACUUUCUGUAGGCGGCGUUGGUAAAGCAGAUACUUCGUUCGCGUCACUUUCCAUAACCGGAUUAGCCGAUCGGUUGGCCAUAUGUGGACUGAAUAAUGUUGCAGAAAAAUGUCGGAAGGAAAAAGUGGACGGGCGAUUGUUUCUCACCUUAACGGACAAUGACUUACGGGAAGUAUUCUCAGUCAACGAAUUGCAAAUCAAGAAAAUACGCAUGGCCCAAAAUCACAACUGGACCCCUAAAGUCUGACAAAUUACUAGUCCAUUACAAUGCUGUUACCGCAUGAUUGUCGUCCGCAAUGGUUCGUCCUCUGACCUUUAUUAGCAUGCGUGACUGGUGUUGUAUUCACAUUUACAUAGGAUUAUCGAUAUGGCAUAAAAAUGCACAUGUAUAUCACAUUGCUGGCUGUUAAUUCAUGUCAGCUGGAUAAAGUUUGUUUUCAUUAAAUUUGUCACAUAAAAAAACCUGAGCCCGACUAACAAUCAGAAACAGACUUUCUGGAAUCUCUCCAACCCGGUUUUCCCUGCCAUCUUGAGGGACUCAAACAAGCCUUCUAACCUUCCUCGCUUUAGUUAUGACGGACAUUUCGGAUGUGGACGUUACAACUUGUACACUCAGUAGCUAUCUCAACAAGCCGGACAAAUGACCAGGUCAAUACGGAAUACAAGCUGUUGUUGGAAUCUAUUUCGGCACGAUCACUAAAGUUACGAUUCAAUAGGUGGUCAAUCAUUGACUACAGAACAGCAUUAGCGUUACAUCGCCAAUGGUCAUGCUUUAACGUCGUAAGGCGUCUGCGGAACCGAUUAGGAGCUUAACAGUACAGUCCAUAUGUCAAAGUUGCUGGAGAUAUUGGAUUGACCCCUUCUACAGUAAGGCAAUUGGAAUUUCAACUGGAAACUAAAGGCUGUGUAGAAACGGAAACUGAGAAAUUUGUAUUAGUGUGUUGAGACCUGGAUUUACCUUACGAUGGAUAAGUUGUACUUGUGAGAUAUUUUUAAAACUUCAAAUAUGAAUAAUGAAUAGUAUCAUCAAGUAAUGUGCAGUUGGAGGUAGUAUCCGUAAUGUACUGACGGAACAAUUCGUCACAAAACACCACAAGAUGUUGAAACGGACAGUGAGCUAACAAGCCUUAUCUCCAUAAAAUACCCAACUUGAGGAAAUGUAGUGCAAUUGCUUGAUUUUGCUGUGGUAUCACAUCAUCAAAAUAAAAAUGGAAAAAUACGCAUGCCUUCCUUUGGAGUUGAGAACGUGUACUCGUCACCUAAAUGUACCAUACAGAAGCUACGCAAUCUUUAAUUCAAUGUGCCUGUUUUGUGAUGCAACAUGUUCCUUGUGAUUUAGCAAAACCAGCAUUGUAUUACACGAGUGAUUUGUGAUUUAUCUGAUUAAUAAAACUUGAUAAACUCAAUACAUUAUUCCAGCAUGAACAUCAUUUAACUGAUACCGCCACUACCAGUAACUACAAAGCAAUUUUAAACAAAACAACUUUAUUUAUACAAUUUAUAUUAUGGUAUUAAUUUAUCUGCAAAAUGUGUAUUUGUUAAAGUAUCUAAUUUAUUUUAGAUUGGUUCAUAUAAUAUUUUAUUUGCAAUGUAUAAAGUAAUAUAUAUAUGAUUUAUAGUGUUUUGCCCUAUUUAAAAAGAAUCUAACAAGACAUACCUUCAUGUAGUGUCGAUACAUACGUAUACAUGUGAAGGUUAUCUUUGUAAAAUGAACUCACUUUUAUAGAAACUUUAAUGUAAAAGCUCUAUUUAAGAAUCGUCACAAUAUCAUAUGCGUCAAAACAAAAUGGAUGAAAUUUAAAAAAAAAAAAGGAAGCUCGACUCCUACUGGUAUUAGCAAGUUUCAAUAAAAUGAAUUCUCCUUAUAUGGCAUAUAAAUUCGUCAAUAACUUUGUCUACUUUUAGAUGAAUACUCUUGACGGUAUGGUUAUGCGCAGCUUCCUAACUGUACUUUUAUAUAACGUUUCCAUCGCACACAUAACUUGGUGUAUUCAUUGUAUGCAUGUUGUAAGGUAUUCACUUACAUAGAUAAUAAUGCAAUCAUUGUACAUGUAUUAUGGUCUACCCAUUUAAGGAUAGGACAAAUAAUAAAUUAAUAGACCGAAAACUGAUAAACCACUUUAUUAUCUAGUUCAAUCCUUAUAAUUUAAUGCUGAAAAUAGAAAGGGGAAAAUUCCUUGUACAAGACAUGUGAAACAAAUGACUUCUUAUUUAUAGGUACAAAAAUAGAAGUUUGUGUAUUCUGUCUUUUCGUAUUGCAGAGUUAUCUGGUCUUGUGAGCAGGUAUUGAUUU